AUGCCAAAUAAAUACCAAAGAAAAGCUUGCAGCUCACGAGGGAACUGGGGUGAAGAGUCACUUAAGGCGGCCAUGGAUGCUGUUAAAAAAGGUGAAAUGACUAUCUACGCAGCUUCAAUAACCUAUCAAGUACCAAGGAAGACCCUCGAAAGGCGAUACAAGAAAAAUAAUGACAAAAAAGGACCAAUGGGACCAUCCCCUAUAUUCGGCGAAAAAAAUGAGAAGAAACUCGCUAACCAUAUUAAAACUAUGCAAAAAAAUGGUUUCCCAUUGACUAUUGAUGACGUCAGAAAGAUUGCGUACCAGUUCGCGGAGCAAUUGAAUUUGAAUCACAGAUUUAAUAGAGAAACUGAGAAAGCAGGAUAUGACUGGUUGCAAGGUUUUUUACGAAGAAACCACGAUAUUACAUUAAGAAAGUCAGAAGGAGUAUCUUUAGCUAGAUCAACUGCUAUGAAUAAACUGGAGGUUGACGCUUACUUUGAGCUUCUUGAAAGCAUAUUGACAGUAGACGAUGGUGUGUUGAAACCGAGUUGUAUCUUCAACAUGGACGAGACUGGUCUUCAGCUUAAUAAUCGACCAGGGCAUGUUCUAGCUGAAAAGGGUUCUAAGGCUGUAUCUACAGUUACUUCGACUAAAAAGGGAGAAACGAUUACAGUUAUAGCCUGCUGCAAUGCUGAAAGUACAUUUUUACCACCUGCCUGUAUCAUGAAAGGCAAAAACAAAAAACCUGAGUUUGAGGAUGGGAUGCCACCGGGAUCGAAACUUUUCAUGUCCCCAAAAUCAGCGUACAUUACCUCAGAUUUAUUUAUUGAAUGGUUGAAAACACAUUUUGUUCCGAGGAAACCAGCUGGAAGAGUACUUCUUUUACUAGAUGGUCAUUCAACUCACUGUAAUUCUGUGGAAAUGCUGGAAUAUGCAAAUGACAAUGACAUCAACUUACUUUCAAUGCCAAGCCACACGUCUCACUACCUCCAACCACUAGAUCGUACGGUGUUUAAAUCACUGAAGACUCAUUUUUACGAGCAGUAUCGACUUUGGCUAAAACAAAAUCCUGGUCGUCGUAUAACACGAUUAUCAUUUGGAAGAUUGCUUAAUAAGGCGUGGAGAAAGGCAGCUUCUGCAGAGAAUGCAAUUGCGGGUUUUAAAGCUACAGGUGUCCGCCCCUUCAAUCCAUCUGCAAUUCCCGACUACGCGUUUACCCAAGAAUUGACAAAGCAAAUGUCUAAAUCUCAAAAUGAGUGUACAGCCACUGUUAUGGUCGAGGAGCAAGAAGAAAAUACUAGUAACAUAGCUUCUGCUAAUCUGGAACCAGUUCCAAAUACUUUCGAAGUGCGACAAGACAUAUCACUUGCAAUCGCUGAGCCAAAUAACUCUGUUGAGCGAAUAGUUUUAAACGCAAGUCCUGAAAUGAUUACAAGAAGGCCUAAAAAAUUAUUUGCUACUGCUUCAGCAGCAGUAAUUAAAAAAAAUGUCAGAACAAUUCUCUCCAAGAAGCGAUUUGCCAGAUCAGACUCCAACACGUAUUUUAAAGCAAAUAUCGCCAGUUCCACAAAAAAUUAUUGA